AUGGAGCUUGAAUCUACAGAUAUCAACUUUUCCGUCACAUGGCUACUUGGUCUCAAGCCAAAAUCCACGUAUCCUUCAUGGGCAAGAGACUUCCUGACCGAUGAACCACAUUUCCUUGUGAGCCGUCUUCUCGGCCUGCUUCCAACUCGCAAACCCCGCCGGCGCUUGAGAAGGCGGCGCAAUCGUUCCAAGACUGUAGUUGUACCUGAGGAGCCUCUCAAGGAGGAUGACCAAGAUGCAGACGACCAAAACACGGACGGCUUCGGUCUAGGGAAAUUAUACGGUGAUAUUCCAUACGAGACUGAUGAUGAUUCCGAGUCUGAAGCUGAGGACGCACCUGUGGUGGAAGAGGAGCCACCUGUCUUGGCUGAGCCAGCGUUCCUGGAACUUUGCAAGAUGAUGGAAGAUCUUCUGGAUGAAAUUGAAAAAUCACAGCAAGAUGAUACCGACGACUCGGACAACGAAUCGAUUGACGGUCUAGAACCCGAAGCUUGCCAAGAUGAAUCCCCAUCAAGAAUCGAGUGGUUGCGACAAAAGAAGGUGGAAAAGGCAGAGAACAAGUACCUCGACCGAGUCAUGUCUUUAACUGGCCUCGAAGAAGUCAAGGCUUUCUUCUUACAAGCAAAGGCGAAAGUCAAGGCCGCUCAGAGGCGGGAGACCGACCUGAAGAAAGAGAACUUUGAUGUAGUCUUCACGGGAGGUGAGGGAACAGGCAAGACAAUGCUGGCUCGCCUGUAUGCCAAAUACCUGAUAUCUCUUGGCGUGGUCAAGAAGUCUGGUGUUUUCACUGGAAUCAACAGAUUUUCGGCAUACAACAUGUCUAAAACAUCGACUUUGGGCACCAUACACAACACAAGCAAUGCCUGUGGUGGCUGCAUUGCCAUCAUUGACCACGCUCAUUUAAUGAACAGUGACGAUUGUAAUCUCUGGAGCCUCUACGUUCGCUCACAAGACCUGCCCGGAAAAAUUGUUCUAAUUGUAGCCGGUAAUGGCGAAUGGGGAUUGUCAGACUUGAUGGGUUACAGUGCUGAGGUGUCCAGUCACUUUCCUGUUCUGAAGUUGCCAAAUUACACAGCAGAAGAGCUACAAAUAAUAUUCCAUGGCCUCAUGCGAAAGUGGUUCAAGGGCAGAAUGGAAGUUGAGGACGGCUACGAUGGCCUGCAUGUCAAGAUUCUGAUCCGCAGAAUCGUUUCAGGGGCCAGUGACAAGACAUUUGGUAACAUCUGGCCAGUCAAAAAGGCAUUUGUCGAAGCUUGCAGGCGUCAAGUUGGGCGCUUUAUUCAAGCUCGUAAGACAGGGAACUACCCGGAAGACUUCAAAAUGACCAAAGAAGACCUACUGGGUAACAAGCCUUCUCUUGGGCCCGAGAAGAGUCCUGCUUGGAAAGAGCUUCAACAACUCGUCGGGUUGGACGAUGUUAAGGAGGCGAUACUUGCGGUGGUCAACCAAGUCAAUCAGAACUAUAUCCGAGAAAUGCGCGGCGACGAUCCCUUGCACGUUUCACCAAACCGAGUCUUCUUGGGACCUCCAGGUACCGGCAAAACCACAGUUGCAAAGCUCUAUGGUAGGAUUCUAGCAGAUUUCGGGCUCUUGUCCAAGGGCGAUGUCGUCACCAAGACUCCAGCUGAUCUUCUCGAUCGCUACAUCGGAGGAUCUGAGAACAACACGCAAGAGGCUCUCCGGGAAGCAAAGGGCAAUGUUCUGAUCAUAGAUGAUGCCCACAUGCUUGACCCGGGCACCAAUGGAAGUGCUGGUAGUUCCAAGAAUGGUGAUUUCAGAGGUGGCAUCAUCGACACGAUUGUUGCAGAGGUAACUGGAACUGCUGGAGAGGAUCGAUGUGUUAUCCUCUGCGGCUACCCUGACCAAAUGAAAGAGUUGUAUGCAAAUGCCAACCCCGGUCUGGCCCGAAGAUUCCCGCUGAAUAAUGCGUUUGUCUUCGACAACUUCAGUGAGGAUACCUUGGGUAAGGUGCUAGACCUCAAGUUGGCAAAGGAGAAGCUGGUUGCUACCGACAAGGCCCGCGAGGUCGCUAUGGAGGUACUGAAGCGAGCUUCUGUCCGGCCAAACUUUGGCAAUGGCGGUGAGGUGGACAAUCUUUUAUUCAAGGCCAUCUCAGCACGUUUCCGUCGCACUGCCAAAGAGCAGAGAUUACAUAAUGAGGAUCUUGAUCAACUUCCUCUAGAACCUCAGGACUUUGAUGCCAACUACGAUCGACUAUCACAAGCUGCGACAAACACGCGGGCAUUGUUCGACGAGUUUGUAGGCUUCGAGGAAAUCAUCUCCAAGUUCGAAUCGUACCAGUACAUGGUGCAAGGUAUGCGACUGCGCAAUGUCGACCCUCGGCCCUAUGUGCCCUUCACCUAUGUCUUCAAGGGUCCUCCCGGAACUGGCAAGACAUCGACUGCGAGAAAACUCGGCCAGAUAUUCUAUGACAUGGGUCUGAUUGCCGCACCAGACGUCGUUGAUGUCUCGGCAUCACAGCUUGUCGGUGAAUAUUGUGGCCAAACUGGCCCCAAGACACGCCGAUUGCUCGAAUCGGCACUCGGCAAGGUUCUCUUCAUAGAUGAGGCUUACAGACUCAAUGGCGCUCGUGGAUCGUUUGCCGAAGAAGCAGUCAGCGAGCUUGUUGAUGCUGUGACAAAGCCUCAGUUCGCACGCAAGCUUAUCAUUGUGUUGGCAGGCUACGAGGAGGAUAUGGACCGUCUUCUUCGUAGUAAUCAGGGUAUCAAGAGUCGGUUCGCAACCGAGUUCACUUUCCGUACCCUUCGAUCGGAGCAGUGUAUUGAGCAAUUACGACAAGUUGUUGGAAAGGUGGGCAUUACUAUCCAAGCAACACCAGAGAUGGAUACUACCACUCGCACAUCUUUGUUCUCACUGCUCCAACGUUUGAGCAACGACAAAGGCUGGGCCAGUGGCCGCAGCAUCGAGACCCUUGGUGAGCGACUGAUUGGACAUAUCUUCAAGGAAUGUGCCAUCAAGGGUUAUACUGGCAAGGACCUUAUUGUUUCAGGGCGUGAGUUGGUGACCAUAUUGGGACAGGCAUCUGGUGUCCCUUACGCCAGCAUUAGAAUGCGAGGUGGUCAGAUCCCUAUGGGCGCUAAGGUGAUGACCCUUAAGGAUCUGGAGACAUCGGAGUAG